AUGGGCGGCUGGUCCCGCAGUGCUGUGCUGCAGCUGUACCGAGCACUGCUCCGUGCAGGUCAACACCUACAGUACACCGACCGUGAUUACUACCGGCGCACAGUGACCCGAGAGUUCCGGCGCUGCCAGACCCUCAGCGUCCCAGCAGAGAGGGAGGACGCGCUGAAGAGAGGCCAGUUCUUCCUCAGCAGCGGGCUGGGAGGGUUGGUGUAG